AUGGCUAAGCAGCACUCCCAGGUCGUCAUCGUUGGAGGCGGAAUUGCAGGCAUCACUCUGGCACUGAUGUGCGAGAAGCUUGGAAUCAACUACAUCCUCCUUGAAGCACGCGAUUCUCUCAAUUCUGAUAGAGGUGCUGGUAUUGGCCUGCAACCCAACGGGCUGCGUAUCCUCGACCAGCUCGGCCUUUUCGAUGAGAUAGAGGAAGCGACUACUCCCAUCACCAAGUGUUUCUCCUAUGAUGGGGAUUGUAACUUGAAGUCUAUUUCCCACGCCUUGGGGCGUUUUCGUGAACGAAUAGGAUAUCCAUUUACCUUUAUCGAACGACAGCAGCUCCUUUCUAUCAUGACCAGCCGCCUUCAGCGGAUGGACUGUAUUAGAACUUCAGCACGCGUGGUCUCGAUUCAGGAGACUGAAAAGAAUGUCGUCGUGACAACUACGUCCGAUGAAGCCUACACUGGCGAUAUCGUCAUUGGUGCCGAUGGUGUGCGUAGUGCCGUCCGCAGACACAUCGAUGUAUCUCUAUCCAACAAGCCUUCUGACGAAUACAUCAACGUCGGCUUUUCAACUGUAUAUGGAAUGUCAUCACCCACCCACGGCAUCUCCCCCGGCGAACGCUUCGCUAUCUACAGAAAGAACGAGGCAGUGGUUGGGUUCACCGGAAGAGGCGGAGUCAUCUUCUGGUUCGUCUUCGAGAAUCUCAACCACUACGUUCCACUCUCCCAAGCCAAGCGAUAUACGGAAGCAGAUGCCGAAGAGCUCUGCAAGAAAGUCUUCAAAGUCCAAUGCACGCCUAGUCUUGCCUUUGAAACUAUUUACAAAAACCGCAUCGUGGCUAUGAGAACCCCAGUGGAAGAGGGCAUACCAACAACAUGGAACACCGAUCGCUCGGUUAUUGUUGGCGAUGCAGCCUGUAAGACGACGCCUGCCGGUGGUCAGGGAGCGAACCAGGCCAUGGAGUCGUGUGCGGCCCUGAUCAAUAAACUCAUGGAAGUUUAUACAUCACAAGACGGGAUAUCUAACGACUCUUUCAAGGUAGCUCUGGCUAGUUAUGCACAAGAGCGAGAGCAGCCUGCCGCCAUGACGAUGGAAAGAUCUCAGAUGAUCUGCAACUCGUUGUUUUGUUUACAGGACCCAGCCGUGCUCAAGGACAUCCUGAAUCUCAGUGAAGAUGAGUUUCUUCUGCGUGCGUUCAUGGGUUUGUCUACUGCGCCUGUUCUCAACAAUGUUGAGUUGACGGCAAGAGGGCAAUUCUACAGUACGGCGGUUGAGGCUGUGAAACAGGAGAUGAAGAAACGGCUUAACGGGAAGGCUUGA